ACCGUGUCCUCUGUUUCAGUGCAUUUAUUAUCUUCAAUAAAUCUAUUCCAGGUCCUUUCUAGAGUGGAAUAUUUCUUUCAGCUCGGUUAGAAAAAUAAUCCAACCGGAUUUCUUACGACGCAUUACUAACUUUCUUCGGAGAAUAUUCAUUUCUAAUGCUUGAUUAUAAGCGAAGAGUUUUAUGCUGUAGAGAGUGAUCGUUCGGUUCCGAUAACGUUAUUGACUUGCGCAAUCCGUUGCUCUUACGUAAGAAUCCGCCAAUGCUGACUGCUCUGAAAAGUGACUCAAUUGGGUAACAAAAAUUUUCGAUCUUUGGACAUAUAAAAAUUCCCGUUACAAGAUGAUAAAAAUUUUGGCCCUUUUGCUAUUCACUUCAGUCUGUGUCAUAAUCAAUGCUCAAGAGACGGCAUCUAACGAAAAACCAUUUUUCGGCCAGACUUUCGAUGAAAUUGUCGUGUCGUCGGACUUAAAUGUCAGAAGGAAAUCAAAAGAAAAUCGUCAGGGUAAAAGAUUAUUGUCGAACGUGCCGUCAGCAACUACUGGUCCACCGGAAAGACCGACUGCAAUUGCGUCCAGACUCGUUUUCGCCGAUGGAAGCCGUAUAACGCCGGAAAAAAGGGAGAAACGUGGCAUCGUUACAACGGGAAGGAGGUAUUUAGAUCUGGGCGUCGCGGGAUACUUGCUGAAAUCUCGGAAACGGUGAAAAUUCUACACUCCGAGGACAACCGCACGACCCUCUACACCCUCAUCUGUGAUCACACUUCUUUCGAUGAACUUUUAGGCCACGGUUCAUGUAACAAAAAGGAUAAUAAAAUUCUUCUGUGUCAUAACA